AGGCUAGGGCCAGAGUGAAAGUGAGGGUGAGGUGACAUCCGAGAGCUCUAGGGACACCUUAGCCUGCUCCCAUCUCUGCCGCUGGUGGUGUUCCAUAUAUAGUUCUUGACAACUGUGUCUACGGCUGGAACUUCCAUCUCUUUGCCUCUCCUGUCACAUUUCUACUUCUGCAGCCGACGCACAGCCUGCGGGCUAGUGCUUACUGUCCUCUACAGUGAUCCUUGGACCCCCAUUCCUGCAGAAUGGCUGAAAAACAGGAGGAACCCCAACCUGCCCAGAAUGGUGAAAAGACUGAAACCACUGAAAAUGCAGAAGAGGCAGAGAAGCCAAAGGAGCUAGAGGAGCUGCCGCCUUUUGAAAUUGUAACAGGAGAACGGCUACCAGCCUUCUUUUUCAAAUUCCAGUUCAAGAAUGUAGAAUACAGUUCAGGAAGGAACAAGACCUUCCUGUGUUAUAUCGUAGAGAUUCAAGGCAAGGAAUCGAAGGCUUUACGGGGUUACCUGGAGGAUGAACAUGCAGCAGCCCAUGCAGAAGAUGCCUUCUUUAAUAACAUCCUGCCCACAUGUGAGUCUGGUCUGCGCUACCAUGUCACCUGGUACGUCUCUUCUAGCCCCUGCGUAGGCUGUGCUGAUCGGAUAACUAAGGCACUGCAGAAAAAUAAGAACCUGCAUCUCUCCAUUUUGGUUGGCCGUCUCUUCAUGUGGGAGGAGCCUGAGAUCCAGGCUGCCCUGAAGAAAAUGAAGGUAGCGGGCUGUAAAAUGAGGAUAAUGAAGCCUCAAGACUUUGAGUAUGUCUGGCAAAAUUUUGUAGAGCAGGAGGAGGGUGAUGAGGGAAAGGCAUUUGUGCCCUGGGACGACAUCCAAGAGAACUUCCAGUUUUAUGAAGAAAAGCUUGCUGAAGUUUUGCAGUGAGGUUCGAGGCCUGCUUUAUAAAAGAUCUACUAGUUCUAUGGAGAGACAGCCAUGAUAUACUUUGACAUCCAGGACUCCCCUUUCAGUCCUCCAGAGCCUCUCUCAAACAGAAAACACUACCACACGUCUCUACUUAACAUGCCAUCAUGCUGUCUAAAAUAUAUAUUUACCAUGCUGUAUCUAGGCAUUUGGUUGUCUAAAACACAUAAGCCUGCUCUGCUGGGAAAGCAAAAAUAUUGUGUUGUGGAAUGAAAUUCAAGGUCUGCAGUGCAAAGUUGAUAAUUAAAAAUUUCAGUGGAAAAAUUACACCAAAAACUUCUCUUUAAACAAGUUUAGGAAAUGUGUAUUCUUAAUAGUACAGAUCUUCUUGUAACAGCAAUAAGUAUAUAAAACGUGUUGUUCUUCUACCACCAUGUAUAACUAAAAAAUCCAUGGCUUAAUACUCUGGUUAACUGCUCUGUAACAAAUGUAAGAAGUAAAACUCAGCAUCUUCUAUUACAAGUAUCAUACUGUAAAACAGGUAAAAAAGAAAAUAAAACAAAUAGCCUUUGCUGUAACAAA